UCAAAAGCCACUAAAAUACUCGUUGAUGCUUAUUAUUAACACAACAAAACUGAACUUACUAUUAUUUGUGAUUGGUGCUCUGUUUCUCAUCUCCGUAUUACUUUCUAGUAGACGACCAUGGAAUCUGAGGGAGUGUCACUACCGUUGAUCCACAAGCAUCUUAUGAUGCCUUGGGAUAAUGAUCUGCAGAAAGGGGAUUGUUGUGGACGCUUUGGAUUUAGCAGUGGUGGCUAUUGCUGCAAACGCUGUGACUCCUUUUUUCACAGGAAAUGUGUUGAUGUGUCCUCUAAAUCUAUCGAACACCCAUCCCACUCCAUUCACACACUGAAGCUUCAAAGUAAACUACUCUACCUUAAUUUAUACAAGAUAUGUGAUUUAUGCGGCAAGAGAAUCGUGAAUCUAUUAUAUGGUUGUAAGAUCUGUGACUUCAACGUGGAUCUAUACUGUGCAAAGUACCCACCACCAGAGGUUAUUGACAUUUCCGAGACGCAUCACCACAAGCUCACCCUUUUCAAGAAGCUGACCGUGUUCAACUGUGAUGCCAACAAAUGUGGGAAGCCUGGUUUGGAGUUUCCUUACAAAUGUCAUGAAUGUGAUUUAGCCUUCCAUGUCGAUUGUGUAUGGAAUCCGCCGGAGCCAGAAUACCCGUCAGAGGAUGUGUGGAACGGGGAAGAGCUCGAAGGAAUACCUGAAGAGAUAGAAGAUACUGAGCCAUAUGUGGUAAAUGAUGACAACACAAUACAACAUUUCAGCCACAAAGAGCAUGACCUGAGAUUUCACGUUAACGGUCUUUUCUGGGAGGAAAACAAGCGUUGCAGCGCUUGUAGCCAUCCCAUUUGUCUUCAAUCCUUCUAUGGCUGUAUCGAUUGUGAUUUCAUGCUUCACCAAAGUUGUGCUAACUAUCCUAGAAAGAAGUGGCAUGUGCUACACAACGACCGACUUACUUUAGUUACAAGCAAGGAUGGUGUUUUUUGGUGUCAAGCUUGUGGUAGAAUGUCUAAUGGUUUCAUGUACAAGUGUGGGGAUACGAGGUUAGAUGUUCUGUGCGGUUCAGUUUCAGAGCCUUUUGUCCAUCCAAGCCAUCCCCAUCAUCCCUUAUAUUACAUUCCAUCAGUGGAAGAAAAAAAAUGCAACGGUUGCAACAACUCGACAUCUCGUGUGCUUACAUGCAUUGAAAGUGGUUGUGGAUUCGUCUUAUGCUUCCAUUGCGCCACGUUACCACAAGUGGUAAAGCAUAGAGUAGACGAUCAUCCUCUCUCACUAUGCUAUGGUGAAAAGGCAAGUGGCAAAUACUGGUGUGACAUUUGUGAGAAAGAAACGAGUCCAAGUACAUGGUUCUACACGUGUAAAGAUCACCGAGCUAGUUUGCAUACAAAGUGCGUGCUGGGAGACUUUCCAGGGCUCAUGCCAAGAAGCACAGUAAAGCUUGAUAGCAGAUCAUUCGAGGUGGUGCUCAAUACUAGUGUAUCUCGUCCAUUUUGCAGGGUGUGUGAGUCGCAUUGCAUGUACCCUAUCGUCUUGAAGAUGCUUGGAAUCUCAGAUCGAUACAUUUGCUCUUUAGACUGCAUAAGACGUUUUUUUUAUGUGAUGAAAAUAGUUUUUGGGGGAUGAACCUUAUAAAUAGAUUUAUAAAUA